AUGCGUGUUAUCAUCAUCCACCCAGAACAAUGGAAUGGCGGGUCGGACCGCUGCACUAUCGGGUUUCUUCGACAUUUCGUCCAAGCCGGACAUCAGGUCGCUUGGUUGACAACGAUGAUUGAUGAUUAUUGGGCAGAUGAGGAAUUCAAAGGAGUAGAAAUUCAUGAAGUUCGUCUCCCGCUACAUCCUGGAGAUUGGUUUUCACAAAAUAUCGGUAAUAUUCAAAGACUUCCUCUUAAAAAUUGCCUAAUCUUAACAGCACUUGCAUAUCACAUAAUUUUUCGCACGAAACUGAAACCAGAUUUAAUUGUUGCUGAUCACAGUGCGUCUUGCGUUCCGAUAUUAAAAUGGUGGUUUCCAAAGGUAACACCAAAUCGCUUUUUUCUGUAUCGUUGGUACUCGGCAUGUAUGGGCCUUAUUGAAGCACACAUGUGUGAAUAUGCAGCCAAAAACUUCCAAGCUGUAAUGCCCAGCAUACCCAAAGAAAAACUACGCGUGAUUUAUCCUCCAUGUGAUGUUGAUUCGCUAAGCGUUGUGUCACGCCCAAUUUCACGCAAACAUCGGAUGCCUAAUGAACGUUACCUAUUUCUUUCAAUGAAUCGUUUCUGGCCAGAAAAGCGUUUGGACAUAAUUUUGGACGCAGCUGGUUUGUUCAAAUUAUUUUUAAGCUUGGUCAGCCCCCUAUUUUUCUUUUGUUUAAUUCAAAUAACGUAAAAUCUCUAAUCCCCUCUCUAAUAAAGAAUUCACUUU